AUAAACAUCCCAAAGACACUAAUCAUAGUGAUAACACAAGGCAAGAAGUCGAAUAACGCUUUCUCACGCUACAACCAAGUUCAGUUCGAACAAUGGAUGAUGAUAGCAAAUACAAAUAUCUUUUUAAGGUGGUUCUGAUAGGCGACGCAUCUGUUGGCAAGACCUGUUUGCUUCGACGUUAUGCUAAAGGAUUAUUCAUCGGUAACCCAGGAGCUACAAUAGGAGUUGAUUUUAUGAUGAAAAAUGUCGACAUUAACGAUGAAGUAAUUAAGCUCCAAUUAUGGGAUACCGCCGGCCAAGAGAGGUUUCGAUCACUUACUCAUAGUUACUAUAAUAACGCUCAUGCAGUCGUCAUCGUCUAUGACAUCACAAAUAAGCGGUCUUUUGAAAAUCUACCAUCGUGGUUGGACGAUGUUCAUAGAUAUUGUAAAAAAGAUGCAAUCAAGUUGCUAGUGGGAAAUAAAAAAGACUUGAAUGAUAAACGCGAAGUUGAUUGCAAUAUGGCAAAGGAGAUUGGUUCUGCAUGUGAUAUUGUUACCAUGGAAACGUCAGCUAAAGAUGAUGAAAACGUUGAUAUUCUGUUUGACAGCAUCGCGAUGGAACUGAGUCAAAGACUCAAGAACACGGAUGACGAAGAAAGACCUGUUGCUUUAUCCAAGGACGUACAAACUAUUACCAUCAAAACCAACACCAAUAACUGCAUAAACAAUAAUAGUGAAAAACUUGCGUACCCAACAAGUUGUUGUAAAAUGUGAGGCUCCGGAUACAGUGUAUGCAUGAAUUAAUUUGCGCACAUAGUCAUAGCCAAACGCAAUUUAAUGCAAGAAAAGUUCAAAAUGCGUUUGCCUGAAA